CUUUUCGCUAAGCCAUCUAGAAUCCAUAUCAUCUUUGUAAUUUUUAUUGUUGAUGUAUAAUGACGUAUUCGUGAAAAAUUAGCUGCCGAUAAAUUCGAUAGCCGGUAACGAAAAUUCUGAAGAAUUAUGGUAAUGUCGUGGUGGAAAGGCUUUCCUGCUCUACUGGUUAUUGCCUCUUUAGUUGGUAGUACCGAAUUGCCUUCUUCUGACAUUACAAUUUCCGUAGAACGGGUAAUCGAUAUAUCAACGCAGAUAGUAAAAGUAACCGAUAAAUAUGAAGUAACAAAUGAAGGCAGUAAGGAAAUCAAUAGUUUUGUACACUUAGUCCAUGAAAAGGAGCACUUGCGGCUUGCAUACAUUUCUGCGAUUGUUUCGAAAAAAGAUACGGGAUUAAAAGUGUCACUUAUCGACCAUGGAAGGGACAGUAUAAAAGAAGGAUUUGUGGCCUACAAGAUUGAAUUACAAAAUGCUAUUCCGCCAAACGGCAAAACUGUUGUUACCGUGGAGUAUCAACUGACAGAAUAUUUGGAACCACAUCCAAAGAGGAUCACUCAAGCUGAAUCACAGUUUGUUGUUUACAAAGGGAAUGCACAUGUUCCGAGUAUUUAUCCAGUGAAACAGGAGAAAACUGUGGUACUUUUGCCUAGCGGAAAACUUGAAUCUCGUACAACAGUUCCACCAACAUCAGUUGACAAUGGCAAAAUAAUUUAUGGGCCAUAUAUAGACCAGAAACCGUAUGCGGUGGUGGAAGUUGUUGUGCACUAUGAAAACAACACGCCGUUCAUUGUAGCAACUGAUGUUGUGAGAGUGAUUGAAGUUUCACAUUGGGGUAAUAUUGCUGUAGAAGAGGCGAUCAACGUUGUUCAUAAGGGAGCAGAAUUAAAGGGUUCAUUUUCUCGUCUUGAUUUCCAAAUGGAUCGAAGAGGCAGUAAAAGGCCAGUGGUAACUCAAUAUAAAACUUUAUUACCAGCAUCGGCGAAGGAUAUUUAUUAUCGCGACGAAAUUGGUAACAUCUCUACUUCAGCCGUGCGGAAAAUGACAGAUGUUGUUGAAUUAAUUGUACAACCACGUUUUCCAUUGUUCGGUGGGUGGAAAACGGAUUAUGUACUGGGUUACAACGUUCCAGCUUAUCAAUAUCUUUAUUCAUCAGGCAAUAAAUUUGCACUGAAGAUGCGUAUUGUUGAUCAUCUGUUCGACGACGCCGUUAUUAAGAAUUUGAAGUUGAAAAUUAUACUACCAGAAGGGAGUAAGGACUUCAAACUGACAACACCAUAUCCAAUGACGAGACAUCCAGAUGAGUUACAUUUCACAUACCUGGACACUACUGGCCGCCCUGUCAUCACAGUCGAAAAAGAUAACCUCGUUGAUUUCCACAUUCAAAUGUUCACUUUGCACUACGAAUUUGACCGCAUGCAACUUUGGAGAGAACCUUUCCUUGCUUGUGCCGCUUUUGCAACUUUGUUUGUUGCAGUUAUCAUAUAUGUUCGAUUGGAUUUCACAAUCUGGCCUGACGUUGCAACAGAAAGUCGGUUGCAAGCGCAAGGACAAGUGGAACAGCUAACAGAUCUACAUGCUGAUCGAUUGAAAAUUUACGACCAUUUUGCGGAUGCUGUGAACAAAUUCAAGAAUAAUAAGGAUCUGGCUGCAUUUACAACAGCAAGGAAAAAGGCAGAGAAUGAUCUGAAAAACGUUGGACAGGCUAUCGCUGAUCUGCAGAGCGAAUUGAAAUCUACAAACGCUGACAUAUCUGACAAGUUAAACGAAGUCAAUAAAAUGCACAAACUAACGAUGGAUGUUAUAAACAAUUAUUUGGGACAAACGGAACGCUUCAUUAAAGGACAGCUUUCUAAAGUGGCUUUCGCCGAUGCAGAAAAGUCGUAUGCACAAAAGCUGAAUGAAGCAAAGCAAAGAAUGGAUUCUGUAAUUUAUGCUCUGUAGGUUACACAUAUGGACGGAGUUAUAAUGAAAAUAUUUAAAAUUCGAAGUUAGUUACUACACGCGAUGUAAUUGAUAAAUUCGUUUGAACUAAAAUUGAUUUCGGAAAGAGCCUUUCUCCAGUGUUGAUUACAUCACAGAUUGCUACCUCUUUUAGUUUUGAAUUGUUGCUAAAGCAUAAAAUGUGUUUGUGAUUCCUUUUCAUCCUGGUUGAAAUUUGGAGAAAUGUUGUGGUAUAAGUAAUGUAACGAGUGGGUGAUUGUUGUAUUUUUCGUUACUAUUUAUUCAACAUUUCAUUCAUUAAAUUAUAAAUCUUUUCUCAUAAACACGUUAGGAUUAUCUUUAUUUCCUGUAGAAGUUUAUUAAGAAUUUUCCGUCUGAUUUUUUAUUUGAUUGUUAUUUUCAUUGCAAGUCCAAUGACAAAUAGCUCACUUAGCUCGGGAUGUUCUCUAGUGCAAUUUCGGAAAUAAUGAAGACAAAUACAGUGUUAAUCAUAGAUCGUAUGAUAAUUUGAUAACUUAGGAUUCAGAGGAUUUUUUUCUUUAUUACGUGUAAAUUUAACGUUGGAAGUUUAUUGUUGAGGUGAACUUGAAGUUUUCUAUUAUUUUCUUUUUUGUUGCUAUAUAUGGUCAAUUGUAAGAGCAUAAAUUCUGCUAAGCG